AUGUGGAAUGCAACAACACGAAAGAUUUUAUCAAAGUCUAUAGGCUACUUUGGUGUAUUUCUCUUUUUUUCAUCAACUACUUAUAUUGUCUUUAUUUUUUAUUCAAUAAUUGCUCCAGCAGUAUUUGAAAGUAGAAAAUACGGAAAAUUUUUAUUUCAUUUUAUUUUUGGUAAUUGGCUUGCUAUUAAUAUUUAUUUUAAUUAUAUUAUGGCAUGGCUUACAUCACCAGGUCUUGCUAAAGAUUAUCAAGAUUUGACAAUACAGUAUCUGAAUAUAGUCAAAUAUAUUUGGAAAUGUUCAUUUAACAAACCACCUCGAACUCAUCAUUGUAGCUGGUGUAAUUUAUGUGUAUUAAAAUUUGAUCAUCAUUGUCCAUGGUUAAAUAACUGUGUUGGUUUUUAUAAUCAUCGUUACUUUUUUCAAUUUUGUUGUUUUAUGUCAAUAGGAUGUUUUUAUGCUGGCUUGUUUGGUUAUCGUGAAUAUCAAAUCAGUCGAUUUGAUGAACAAAUAUUUCGACAUAUAGACUCAUUUUUUAUGGCUGGGGAUAUUUUUGAAAUUAUGGGUGUAGAUGGUUUCAUAACGAAUUAUAUAUUUAUUAUGGCAUUAGUAGCUGGUUUUCUUUUAAUUGGUAUUUGCUGUUUGCAUGGACGAAUGAUAAGUCAAGAUGAAACAUCAGUCGAACAUUUACUGGCUAAAUAUUGUGUUAAUGAAUGUUAUAAACAAGAUUUUAUUUUUUAUAAAAUAUUCAGUACUAAUUCAAUCGAAAAUUGGAAACGUUUUUUAGGUGUUACUACUUUAAAUGAAUUUAUUCGACGAGUUCUAUUACCAAGUACACAUAAACCAGAAGGUAAUGGCAUAACAAUAGGUGAUUAUAAAACUAGUACAAAUUCGCUCUUACAUCAAGAAGAUCGUGAUCGAAAUCAACCACAUGUUUCAUAUGCAUCAGAAAUUUUUCAUAACAGUUCCGAUAAUUAUUUAGUCAGAAUAUAUCGAUCCGUGAUGUCAUUAUGGUACCAACGACGUGAAUCCCGCUGUUCUACUCCGUGUUAUCAGUCAGAGUCACUAUUGACACAACGAAGAAAUAUUUUACAAGAUUGUUAA